GGGAUGUCUUGAAGGGGGCAAAAACGCGAGACAUCCGUGGACUCUUACCCCCGCCCCUCUGUCUGGGGUGGCGGUUUGGUGCUGGCCGCAGGAACACUUCCUGGAAUGAAAUGGAUCAGGAAUAAGGAGGAUCGCACAGAGACACUGGGAUCAGACCGGGCCAGAGAGAGAGAGAGAGCAGGCAGGUCCUCGUUUACAAGCAGAUCUGAGCGAACCCCCGCCACUCUUUGUGCUCUUAUGGCUUGCGGUCUCAAAGAUGAGUUGCUCUGCUCUAUCUGCCUCAGCAUCUACCAGGACCCCGUGAGCUUUGGUUGUGAGCAUUAUUUCUGUAGGAAGUGUAUCACUGAACAUUGGAACAGACAGGACCACAGCUCCAGGGACUGCCCCGAGUGCAGGAGGACGUUCAGAGACCCCUUGCUCUCCCCCAGCCUCAAGUUGUCUAAUAUCGUGGAGAGGUACAGCGCUUUCCCCCUGGACGCCAUCCUGCAAGCCCAGAGGAACUCCUUCCCUUGUAAGGACCACGACAAAGUCAAGCUGUUUUGCUUGAACGACAAAUGCCUGGUGUGCUUCUUUUGCGACGAGCCUGCUCUGCACGAACAGCACCAUGUCACCAACAUCGAGGAAUCCUUUGAAGAAAUCCAGAGGGAAUUGAAGGAUCAAUACGAGGUUUUGCAGGACAGUGAGCGUGGACAUGUGAAGGCUUUACAACUACUCAAACGGCAGCUCUCUGAGACAAAGUCUUCUGCGAAGAGUCUUCGAGCAACCAUUGCAGAAGCCUUUGACCGCCUGCACCGUUUCUUGAAGGAGAAACAGAAGUCCAUGCUGGAAGAGUUGGAGACCGACACAGCCCGCACUCUGAAUGACAUCGAGCAGAAGAUCCAGAGAUACAGCCACCAAUUGCGUGAGGUGCAGGAGGGGAUGCAGAUCCUGCAAGAGAAGCUUGUUGAGGCAGACAAGCUGAUUUUCCUGGAAGGAAUCAACACCACUUUGGAGAGGUUAAAGGGAAAGAUCCAUGAGACCAAUUUAACAUAUGAGGACUUCCCAACCUCCAAGUACAUGGGUCCCCUGCAGUACACCAUUUGGAAAUCCUUGUUUCAGGACAUUCAGCCCGUGCCAGCGGCCCUGACUCUGGAUCCGAUAACAGCUCACCAGCGCCUCAUCCUGUCCGAUGACUGCACCAUCGUGGCUUACGGGAAUCUCCACCCGCAGCCUUUGCAAGACUCGCCCAAGCGCUUCGAUGUGGAGGUGUCCGUCCUAGGUUCAGACGGCUUCGACGGUGGUGUCCACUACUGGGAGGUGAUGGUGUCCGAGAAAACGCAGUGGAUGAUUGGCGUGGCACUGGAGUCCGUCAACCGGAAAGGAAGCAUCCAAAUCCAGCCUUCGAGAGGCUUCUAUUGCAUUGUGAUGCAUGAUGGGAACCAGUACAGCGCCUGCACCGAGCCCUGGACCCGGCUGAACGUCAAGUCCAAGUUGGAGAAGGUCGGCGUCUAUUUUGACUACGAUAAAAGCCUCCUGACCUUCUACAACGCUGAUGACAUGUCCUGGCUUUACACUUUCCGGGAGAAAUUCACUGGCAAGUUUUUCCCAUAUUUCAGCCCAGGGCAAAGUCACGCAAAUGGGAAAAAUGUUCAGCCAUUGCGAAUCAACACCGUCCGGAUUUAAACACACGAGAAAAUCUUCUGGGAAGAAAUCAGAGCUCCUUUAUUGAUUCUUUUCUCUUAUCCAACCCACUUCCCUGAUUUUAGUUUAUGACUGAGCCCACCAUUUGUCUUCUCAGCCUCUGGUCAUCUUAGGUCAUGACAGAAACUGUCAAGACGGCACAGGAGUGCCACCUGCUGUCAGUGUUUAUCACUGCAGCAUUCCCAUUGGUCCUCCGGGGAUGACAUCAUUAUAGUCCUGUGGAGUCUCCCCUUCUAACUACCCUACCCCUCCUCUUCCAAAUUUAUUGGGAAAAAUAGAGUCCCUACUCUCUCUCUCUCUCCUUCCUUAGAAUGACAAGAUGGUGAUCAAAAACUUAUUGGGAUGGGCAGAAGUGCCCAUUUCUUUCCAUUGCAUUGUACCACCUCAUUUGAUUUUAUAUUUGAAUAGUUAUGUAUUUUCUUUCUUUCUGUGUCUGUCUGUCUGUCUGUCUGUGUCUCUCACUCUCACUCUCACUCUCACUCUCACUCUUGUCUCCCCCGCAUCUCUCCUGCCUUUCUCUCCCAUGUCUUUGUCUUAUUUCUCACGAGUGUUCACCCAUCUGACUCACUAUCUUUCUCUCUCUCUAUCUCUGUGUCUCUCACCUGUGCUCUCCCCCUCACCUGCGCUUUCCCCCUCACUCGCGCUCUCUCUCCCCCUCACAUUGUAUUUCUUGCUCGCUUUCUAUCCUGCUCCCUCUAUCUCGCUCUCUUCCCAUCUCCUUUUCCCUCACUUUGUCUCUGGCAUUCCCCAACCCUCCCCUCUUCGCUACCUUUUUUUCUCUUUAUCUCCCCCCCACCCCCCACCACCACUACUCCUAUCUCCCUAUUUCCUGUCUCUCUGUCUUUUUCUAUCCUGCCCCAUUCCUAUUGGGCACAGUGCCUGAAACUUGUUGCAUCUUGACUGAACAGUUCAGUCACCAGCAUGAGGUUAAACGGUGGAGGUUUAUGUAGAAAGCGCAGCAGAUGGCUUUUACCCAGAUUUUGUUUUGCACGUGUGUGUGUGCGUGCGCACACCCUGCACCUUCGUACUUACUUCCAGGUUAGCCGUCUGUGCCAGGAUGCAUCAAUGAAAGUUUAAAAUGGACACAAAUUGAUGGGAAAGCAAUUGAAGGUGAAAUGGGCUCCAAACUGAUUUGGGAAAUUUCAGCUGAACUGAGAAAUAGAAGUUUGUGAACCAACAAACCUGGGGAGGGGUUUUCACAAUGACCACAGCAUCUCAGCACAUACAUUAGAGGAUGAUUUGGGACUCUGUUUCUCUAGUUUUGCAUUGUUGUUUUUGAAUAUGAAUCUUGCUUGAUGGAUGAAGCAGUGAAGGCAAGGGGCCGUGGCUUCUGAGGGACAUUUGUAAAUAGGCUUUGGGAUACUGCUUCAAUACCUGUUCAGUGCGAAUUUAAUGAAACACAUUAUUUAUGAAUGUUUUAUUUUGCCUCGGGAUUAGGUGGUGAAUGCGGACUUUUCUUAUCUGCCAGGAAUUAUUUUAGACUCGGUUUUAAUGCUGAUGUGAAGCAGUUACCUUGUGCUGGAACUGCUUCGGACACAGAUUGAGCUUUGACUUUGGAUUUUCAGUCUAUAAUCAUUGACCUGUGUCAGAAUGUUGACACAUAAACCAGCAGCACCCCGAGACUGGUUCAAAUCCAAAUGGGCCUUGGAAGUUGCGGGUGGGGGGGGGGGGGGUGUGAAGGUCUUUUCUCUCUCUGAGUGAUUUUGACUGAUCUUGGUCCACUUUUUCUGUUGGAGAUGGUGAGCAAUUACAAAAUGGUCCCGAAAUGGUGUGAAUUUGGGCCAAGUGUUUUGACAAGAAUGGGGGCAUGGAAAUGUGCAUCAGCACAGCAAGGUCUCAGUUCUAAAGCUGGGACAGAGCCAAGGUGUCUUCAGCACGUGCAGUUCCUGCCCUGGGGAGGGCUUGGUCGUGUUAGACAGACUGUGCUUUGUCCCCUCUCCCCUUCAGCACUGACAUCAUCCACCAUGUAGAGAAAGAAAAUGGUGCGAUGUGUUGCAGUUGUUAUGGAGACUGUGGAAUGGAGUUUGCAGGGUUACGGCAGAGUGAGACUCGCCACUGAGCUCCCUGCGUGAAAUAGCUGCAACAAGCCAAUUCCUUUCAGUUUUCCUGUUCUGCUUUUUGUCUUUCACCGUGUUGUAUUUCUGCACGGAAAUUUCCAAAGUAGAAGCUCAAGAACGGGCAUUUUUAUGCUUUGGGAGAAGUUGUCCCCAUCAUAAACAUUACUUCUUUUGAAUAGAUUAACCACUUCCAAUCUACCCCCCCCCCCCCCCCCCCCAAAUCAGUCCAUUUCUAGUCAAUUCUAUAGGGGAGGAAAUGGUCUAGUGGUAUUAUUAUUAAUCCAGAAACUCUAGUUCUGUUCUGGGGACCUGGGUUUGAAUCUUGCCAUGGCAGAUGGUGAAAUUUGCAAUUCAAUUUAAAAAUAAAUCUGGAAUGAAGAGUCUAAUGAUUAGAUUAGAUUACUUACAGUGUGGAAACGGGCCCUUCGGCCCAACAAGUCCACACCGACCCACCGAAGCGCAACCCACCCAUACCCCUACAUUUACCCCUUUACCUAACACUAUGGGUAAUUUAGCAUGGUCAAUUCACCUGACCUGCACAUCUUUGGACUGUGGGAGGAAACCGGAGCACCCGGAGGAAACCCACGCAGACACAGGGAGAAUGUGCAAACUCCACACAGUCGUUCACCUGAGUCGGGAAUUGAACCUGGGUCUCUGGCGCUUGUGAGGCAGCAGCGCUAACCGCUGUGCCACCGCGCCGCCCAAUGAUGAUCAUGAAUUGGUUGUUACAAAAACCCAUCUGGUUCACUUUGCCCCUUUUUCGGAAGGAAACUGCUCUCCUAACCUGUUCUGGCUUAUAUGUGACUCCAGGCCCACAGCAAUGCUGUUGACUCUUUGCUGAUCUUUGGAUGAUUGGAGAUGGGCCUUAAAUGCUGGCCUUGCCGGCGAUGCCCUCAUCCCAUGAAUGAUUUUUUUUAAAAAAAUUCUUUCCAGGAGCGGAGUCCUAGUUGGGGAGAGUUGCACAGAUUCUAAACCCAGUCCGUUCCCUUGUGACACCUCUGGCAUGAACUCCAACUGUGGGUAUUGGGUUAUUUAACUGCGGAAGGCUUCACUUUCCGUCUAUGCCCAAUUGCAGCAGAGGUUCUUGGAUGGUCAUAUGAUAGAGGCACCACGAGCGGUUUCUUUUGGUUUUCUGCCCCUAACCCCUAGGCUCACUGAAACCCGUCAAGAAUAAAAGUUCCACAUUCAGCACAAACCGAGAUUAGAUCUGAGACCUUGCUGGUUGGUUUGGUUCAGUCAUCUAAUGAACAAACUGACUGACUGAACCAUUGGGGAAAGCUUGCUGUCAAAUUUUGUUUUAUCCAAUUUAACAGUCGGCUUUGUUCUUGUAACCUGGGGUUACCAUGAUUUAUUAGGCCCAUCAUUCACCUUCUUCCCUUUUUCACUUGAGUAUUUAUUUUUAAAAGGUACAAUUAUACAUGUUAUUGCUUUGACUUCCACAAUGCUGGCUCAAAGGAAGCUGGAACUUAAAAAUGGUAGCUGCUAUGUGACAUUAAAUUGACUUUUUCUUGGAGUUAUGUUUAAUUUUAAAACUCUGAUUUGUCCUGGUGUAACUGGGGAUUACUCAUCCUCAAUCCCGCAAUGCUUAGUCCUGGCACGUUGCAAUUCCAGGGUGAUGUGAGAUCCCUGCUUCGUGCAAAGUGUGCCUCAUGUUCUGUGUGUCGGUAGAGAGACAGUGUCUUCAAUCAGAUGUGCCACACAAAGACAGCAGGACCUUACUCGAUGGAAGAGAAGCAGCUGGAGAUGCAGCUAAUGAUGUGUCGACUCCUUUUAAACGUUACACUCUAAGGACAACUCAGGGUUCAUUAAUCUGGAGUCUUUUAUUUGUUCCUUGUCAGGCUGUUUCGCUGAUGCAAGGUGGAUUUUAUUUUUCUACUGACGGACAUCUUCUCACUUUAGAGCUGGCAAAGCAUGUUUAACUGCUCAUUUCACUGCUGCUAAGGGCAAAAUGGUAUUAAAACCUGAGAAUCUGAGAGCCUUCCCAUACUGGAUGCUGACCCUUUUCCUGCAGUUUCCUGCCUGUUCAUCAAAUUUUGAAACUUGGCUCAGUUUAUAAUACCUGUCGAUACGUAUCUUGUUGGUUUACUCAUUCCCCCUAAUGGUUUUUCUCUAUGGGUACCUCACUCAAUGUUCUGUGAACCCAGACAAUGAAAGCUGGAAGGCUAUUUAGACAGUAGGGUGCAUUGCAAAUGAACCUUGGACAACACACACACACACACACACACACACACACACACCCACCCCCAAAAGGAUGCAUCAUCCACUAAUCAGACCAGUAAUGGGGAGGUGAUAACCUAGUGGCAUUAUCACGAGAGUAUUAAUCCAGAGACCCAAGUAAUGUUCUAGGGACCUGGAUUCAAAGCCCAGGUGCUGGAAUCUGAAUUUAAUGAAUGUCCAGAAUUAAGAGUCAAAUAAUAGCCAUUGUCAAUUGUUGGGGAGAAACCCAAAUGGGCCACUAAUGCUCUUUAGGGAAAGAAAUCCUUAACUGGUCUGCAGUACAUUUGACUUCAGACACAUUGCAACGUGGUUGAUUCUUAACUGCCCUCUUGGCAAUUAGGGACGGUCAGUAAAUGCUGGUCUAGCCAGUGUCACCCACAUCUAAUGAAUAAAUAAAAACAAAAUCCUGAGUGACUGAUUUCUCUCAACCCACUGCAACCUCUACUCCCUCAGCAUGUUGCAUUGAGUAUCCUAUUGAUGGACUCAGCACAAAUCAGAUAUUGAAUCCUGCACCUUUCAGUCCCUCUGGGCUUGGUCCUCCACUGGGUGAUGCCACUACUUGACGGACCAAUGGCAGUUCUUGUUCUAGACCCCAUCUGAGCCAAACAACUCUUCAAUCGAAUUAAAGAGAAACAUUUUAUGUUCAUUGAGGUUUGCUGAAGAGCAAAUACAGAAUACAGAAAAUUCAUGUCCAUGAGUAGAGAUUAUCCUAAGUAACACCACAAAAUGGGCGAUUUGGGUGGUUAAAGCAGCUCUUAAAAACAUUUCUAAUUGGAGCGCAAGGAUUUCUUAUAUUGGUAUAUUAUUUUAUUAACUUCACUAUAUGAGGAGGCAUAAUGAGGAUAUGUGCUUCCACACUGGCCAGUUUCUGGCAUGCACAGCCUGCGAGUGUGGUGGAGGCAGGUUCCAUCGUGGCCUUUAGAAGAGGGUUGGCUGAUUAUCAGAGAAGGAAGACUGUGCAGGAUGGUGGGGAGAUGGGGCACUGGGUGAGAUUGGUCCCUCAGAGAGCCAGCAUGGACAAGACUGGCUGAGAAAGUGCUUCUAUGCUGAGAUUCUACUCCAGAAUUUGUAUAGCCUUCUCAGUAUGUUCUGUCCUUCAGUCCCUGAGUGGUUAUGAAGGCUGUGCUUGCAGGAGUGAAUUUUGUAGAAUUGGGUGCAAUGAUCCCACUCAGUCACUUAGGGACAGGCAGCUCCCACCCCAGGGAUAAGCUGAUUGAAGCAUUCCACCACCUUUUUGAUGUUUGUGACGAUGUGAGCUCACUGCUGGAAUGAAAGCAAAUGAAAUGUUUCAAAAUGUUCCCAUUCCACCCAAAGGAAUUUCUAAAAUUUGAGGUUCCCACUCUCCUGCAGCCUGCGUGCAAUCUAAGCAUUGUUUUACUGUGUCCUAAAGGUGUAAUGGUUUACAUUAUUGUGAAGUUGGAUACCAUGCUAGCCCACAUCAUUACAACCUAUAUAACCAGUCUAGCCAAGAGAUACCCUCUCAAAGGUGCUUCUUUCUCAAACUUUGCAUUAAAAAAAAAUCAUUCAGUCCUUGAAAUAUUCAGGCUGCCUCAAGGACUGUUGAAAGUUUUCAGGUUGGUUCUGGUGGGAUUGUUGGGCGUUGGGAGAUGUUUAAUAAGAAUCCUGCCAUGUUGGUUUCAAACCUCCAAAAUGUAACAUAAGUAAUUUGUUUCUUCCUUGAUUAUACCUUUAAUAAAAUUGUGGGAUGCUGCUUA